GCCUCUGCCGUUCCUCUCCAGUUUCAAGAUGGCGGCCGCCACUGAGAGGCUUCUGUAGGCCGAUCGUUACAGUUGCUUUUGAGCGAGUACCAGCUUUUCUCGCUCUCGAACCUGGAUUCGACUAGGGGUUGGGAAGGGCAGUGGACGGCGUUGGGGGAGGACUGACGAGAUUUAUAAAGAACUCCUCUGAAUUCAUGGUGUUUCAUCAUAUAUACUACUGAUACAUCAAACCUUUUAGAUUGUUGUUAUUGGACCAAAAAAAUGACAUCUAUUAUCAAAUUAACUACCCUCUCUGGGGUCCAAGAAGAGUCUGCUCUUUGCUAUCUUCUCCAGGUUGAUGAGUUUAGAUUUUUAUUGGACUGUGGCUGGGAUGAGCACUUUUCUAUGGAUAUUAUAGAUUCCCUGAGGAAGCAUGUUCACCAGAUUGAUGCUGUGCUAUUGUCUCACCCUGAUCCUCUCCAUCUUGGUGCGCUCCCGUAUGCUGUUGGAAAGUUGGGUCUGAAUUGUGCUAUCUAUGCAACCAUUCCUGUUUAUAAAAUGGGGCAGAUGUUCAUGUAUGAUCUUUAUCAGUCUCGACACAAUACAGAAGAUUUCACACUCUUCACAUUAGAUGAUGUUGACGCAGCCUUUGAUAAAAUACAGCAGCUAAAAUUCUCUCAGAUUGUAAAUUUGAAAGGCAAAGGACAUGGCUUGUCUAUCACACCUCUGCCAGCUGGUCAUAUGAUAGGUGGAACGAUAUGGAAAAUAGUCAAAGAUGGAGAAGAAGAAAUUGUUUAUGCAGUUGACUUCAAUCACAAGAGGGAGAUCCACUUAAAUGGAUGUUCCCUGGAAAUGCUAAGCAGACCCUCUCUACUUAUCACAGAUUCGUUUAACGCUACUUACGUGCAGCCUAGGCGAAAACAGAGAGAUGAGCAACUUCUGACAAACGUCCUGGAAACACUUCGAGGUGAUGGAAAUGUAUUAAUAGCAGUGGACACUGCAGGCAGAGUUUUGGAACUUGCUCAACUUCUUGAUCAGAUUUGGAGAACUAAAGAUGCAGGAUUGGGUGUUUACUCAUUGGCACUCCUAAAUAACGUCAGCUAUAAUGUGGUGGAGUUUUCGAAGUCCCAGGUAGAAUGGAUGAGUGAUAAAUUGAUGAGGUGUUUUGAAGACAAAAGAAACAAUCCAUUCCAGUUUCGCCAUCUCUCUUUAUGUCAUGGUCUUUCUGACUUGGCUCGAGUACCUAGCCCCAAAGUUGUCCUUGCCAGCCAACCUGACCUGGAAUGUGGAUUUUCAAGGGACCUCUUUAUUCAGUGGUGUCAGGACCCUAAAAACUCAAUCAUUCUAACUUACAGAACUACUCCUGGGACUUUAGCACGUUUCCUAAUUGAUAACCCUUCUGAAAAAGUUACAGAAAUAGAGUUGCGGAAACGUGUGAAACUUGAAGGGAAGGAACUUGAGGAAUACUUGGAAAAAGAGAAGCUAAAGAAAGAGGCUGCUAAAAAACUUGAACAGUCAAAAGAGGCAGAUAUAGAUUCCAGUGAUGAGAGCGAUGUCGAGGAAGAUAUUGACCAGCCCUCGGCUCAUAAGACUAAGCAUGACCUGAUGAUGAAAGGUGAAGGGAGUCGGAAAGGAAGUUUCUUCAAACAGGCUAAAAAGUCUUAUCCUAUGUUUCCUGCCCCAGAAGAAAGAAUUAAGUGGGAUGAAUAUGGAGAGAUUAUUAAACCAGAGGAUUUCUUAGUGCCAGAACUUCAAGCUACUGAAGAAGAAAAAAGCAAAUUAGAGUCUGGCUUGACAAAUGGAGAUGAACCCAUGGAUCAGGAUUUAUCUGAUGUUCCUACUAAGUGUAUUUCUACGACAGAGUCCAUUGAAAUAAAAGCCAGGGUUACCUACAUAGACUAUGAAGGACGCUCUGAUGGGGAUUCCAUUAAAAAAAUCAUAAAUCAGAUGAGACCACGACAGCUGAUCAUUGUCCACGGACCUCCAGAAGCCAGUCAAGAUCUUGCCGAGUGCUGCCGUGCAUUCGGUGGGAAGGAUAUUAAAGUGUAUAUGCCAAAGCUACAUGAAACAGUUGAUGCCACUAGUGAAACUCACAUCUACCAGGUGAGAUUAAAAGACUCACUUGUCAGCUCCCUUCAGUUUUGUAAGGCAAAAGAUGCUGAAUUAGCUUGGAUAGAUGGUGUCCUAGACAUGAGAGUCUCCAAAGUGGACACAGGAGUUAUUUUAGAAGAAGGAGAAUUGAAGGAUGAUGGAGAAGACUCAGAAAUGCAAGUGGAUGCUUCUUCAGAUUCUAGCACUAUAGCACAGCAAAAGGCCAUGAAGAGUCUGUUUGGAGAUGAUGAGAAAGAGACAGGUGAAGAAAGUGAGAUCAUUCCUACUUUGGAACCUUUGCCGCCUCAUGAGGUUCCUGGACAUCAGUCAGUUUUUAUGAACGAACCGAGACUAUCAGACUUCAAACAAGUUCUUUUACGGGAGGGGAUUCAAGCUGAAUUUGUAGGAGGUGUUCUUGUUUGCAACAAUCAAGUAGCAGUCCGUAGAACGGAAACUGGACGCAUUGGAUUAGAAGGCUGCCUUUGUCAAGAUUUUUAUAGGAUAAGAGACCUUUUAUACGAACAGUAUGCCAUUGUAUAAAGGACAUGAUGUCAAAAAGCUUGCUCUCUCCUACCCAGAUAGUGGUUGGAUUUUACACACAUUACUACAAAAUGAUACUGAAGUUGGAUAAGGUCAUUCUACCUGUGCUGAUGUCUUUCUUGUGGCUAGCAGCCUUGAUAUAGUAUAACUGUUUGUGUUCAAAAAUAAAAACUGAAUGUAUGCAAUUUACAUUGAACUUAAGAAAUGAAAAUCAUGUUGCCCUGUUGUAAUCUGCUGAUGCUUUUUAAAGAAGUAGCUUAAUCAUGGCAGACCUUGAUGUUUAUUUCUUAAGUAUUUAAGCCCUCCUCUUUACACUUAGCAUUUUUAGGAGAAUCAGUCUUCUUAUUUAACAUAUAAUAGAACUAUGGAUAGUACAACCCAGUGAUACCACACUGAAAUUAAUAUUUCAUUCUAUUUUAAAUUCUUAGAAAGCCUCUGUUGUGGAUUAUAGUUGCUAACACAGUUUACAACCUUCUGAUACUGAAAACCAGAUAUGCGGAACAAUGUUAUAGAAGAUGCAUAUUCAGAGUGUGUUUUCUUUUUAGAGCUUUGAAAAUUUUUCAUUUACACUCAUUACUGUAUUAGAGUAAGCCUAGAGUCCUAUUUAUAUUCCAGGGGAAAGAAAACCUGCCUUUGUUUCAUGGUUUAAAGCUUCUGGUUAUUACAUAUUACAUUGUAGUACUGUUACUGAACAUUUGUUUCUUGCUAGCCUUUUUAUUGUCCUGUGAGCAGAAAUUAAAUUUUAAAGUACUGCUUGAAGAUAGCUAACUAAUGUUAUUACAAGAGCAAUACUUUUACCUGUUUCUAGAUGGCAGUAUUACUAAAAUUUCUAAAAUGAAGACAUUUGUUUUAACCUCAGUUAGUUACGAAAAGUAUAAACUUAAAAAAGGACUAUUCGAUAGAUCAUGAACUUAGAGGAACUUUCAGAUCUUUAUUGUUUAAAAGCAAGAAUAAAUACAAGUGGACUAUCCGCUGGUACCUAUAAAUAAUGUGGUUAAAAAGUUUUAUUGUAUUUGUUGCAGUGGAUUAUAAAUGUCAAACGUCAUUGCAAAGAGGAUUUCUGUUUUCAUCAACCAGUAGAUGGCUUGAAAAAGAAGUAAGGAAAUCAAUUUCCUAAGGAAAGCCAUUCACUUUUUUUUUUUAAUUGAGAUAUAAUUCAUCUACCAUAAAAAAUUUCCCUUUUAAAGUAUACAAUCCCGUGGUUUUUUUGUAUACUCACAGAGUUAUGCAACCAUCACCGUUAUCUAAUUCCAGAACAUUUUCAUCAGCCCAAAAAGAAACCCUGCAUUCGUUAGCAAUCCUCUCCCCGUAGCCCCUGACAGCCAUUCAUCUUAUUUUAGAUUGCCUAUUCUGGGCACUUCAUAUAAACAGAACCAAUCAAUGUGUGGCCUUUUGUGUCUUUCACUUAGCAUAAUGCUUUCAAGGUUCAUCCAUGUUGUAGCGUAAAU